GGUGGAUGAGAGGAAGCAUCGUAGUCCCAGGGGCUCCUGGCGUUCUCAGCCGGAAUGGUUUGAAGCCGGAACACUGUCUGCUUUCCCUGGAGCCGCAGAGGAAGCAGUGUUUUCCACAGUCUCAGAGAUUUCUUUCACCGGCAGCUUCCAGCCUGGCGUUUUUCAAGGCUUUCCACUGGGAUUCUGUUGCCACUGAGAGGCAAGGGCAAGUCAAGGGAGCCCAGAAACAGCACAGAGCAGGGCUCCACAGUGGAGGGAGGGCCUGUGACUGAGGCUUCCACGUUGCACCUUUCCUGUCGCCUCCGGCCUCUGGGGUUGACUGAUUCUUGUUGGACUCAUGGCAAGAUUGGGCUGCAAUUAGAUGGCAUCAUGGACAGGGACAUACCUCUCUCUUCCCCUUGAGCGCUAAUGAGAGACAUUUCCAUGGGGUAACCUUCAAACAAUGCAAGCCAAGUCCCAGCCAACAGUCCCCGGGGCUGCAGCCUGUAUCCGAGUGAGAACAGGCCUGGGCAUCCUAGCACUGCCUCGAUUGUGACCUGGGGAAGGGGUGUUGAAGAUGAGAUUAAUGAUACGGAGAUUUGUGAAGAGCUUAGAGCAGGGAACAUACUCUAAGUGACAGCUGGUGUGAUUUCUCAGUUAUUCAACCAAUAUUUGACAAGGAACCUUGGUGUGCCAGGAGCCAUGGCAGGGCUUUGGAACAGAGAGCAAACCACCCAGAGGAGUUUAGCCCCUCUCAUGUGCUAGGAGGAAAAGUAGGGCAGGGAAGCUGGCGGGGGACGGUUCCUUAAGAAGGGGGCAUCAGAGCAGAAAGUUGAGGGGCCAGCCAGGUGAGGCAGGAGGGAUCAGGUAUGUUUGGUGAACCUAAAGAAGGCUGGGAUGGCAAGGGGGUCCCCAAAGGAUGGGUGUGGCCCCAGGCAGGGCAUGUGGGGCCCAUGGUGUGAGGGACACCACCGGGAUUCUUAGCCGGGAUGUGACACAAGGGGGUCUGCUGGCUGCUAUGGGCCGUGGCGGGGGCGGGGCAGCCCUGGUUUCAUGAGUUUGGAACCCAGCUUCCACUGGGAGUGUGUGGCCCCUGCAGCCGUAGCUCCAAAGCACAGUGACUGAUCCCAAGCCUGGGAUGGUAAACAAUGAGACCAGGGCAGGAACCAGGGGGACUCGGGGGUGGAGGAGGGAAGCCGCAGGGCAGUCGGUGGGGGUGUCAGAUCCUGACGGCAUGCAGACCCCAAACCCUGGCAGAGGAGCAAGGAUUCUUUGCAAGAGGAUGGUGGCCCUUGGCCUCCUGCAGAGCGUCGGCCCCACGCUGCGAGUGUGGAGAGGUGCAUGGGAAGCAAACCGUUCUUGAGGAAGUGGCGCCAGCAGAGAGAAGCCAGCAGCCCCCUAGCCCUCAACGCUUCCAAGGAACAGAGAACGAUGGAGAAGCCUGCAGGUAGAAGAAAGAGGACACCGACCCCGAGGGAGGAAGCAGAUGGGCAGAAGAGCGUGCUCAGAGAGGAGCAAGUGUCCAGGCAUAGGAAGCCACCUGAGAGGCCUGCUGUGCCCAGGAAGCCCCGAGCAGAGCCCCACCUGAGUCCUGAAGACGAAGAGCACAUCUUUGAUGCCUUCGACGCUUCAUUUAAAGAUGACUUUGAGGGGGUUCCCGUGUUCAUUCCUUUUCAGAGAAAGAAACCCUAUGAGUGCAGUGAAUGCGGGCGGAUCUUUAAGCACAAGACAGACCACAUUCGCCAUCAGAGGGUCCACACCGGAGAGAAGCCCUUCACGUGUGCGCAGUGCGGGAAGGCCUUCCGACACAGCUCUGACGUCACCAAACACCAGAGGACUCACACGGGGGAGAAGCCCUUCAAAUGCGGGGUGUGCGGGAAAGCCUUUAACUGCGGCUCCAAUCUCCUGAAACACCAGAAGACACACACCGGGGAGAAGCCGUAUGAGUGCGUGGACUGUGGGAAAGCCUUUGCCUACAGCUCCUGUCUCAUCCGCCAUCGGAAACGCCACCCUCGGAAGAAUCCCUGAGCUGGGGACGCCUGCUUUGUGGCUCCCUGGUGUUGGGCGUCUGGUGGAGGUCCUGGGCCAUGUGCGCUGUGUUCUGUGCCCUGGGGGACCCCUGGAAAAUCAGCCUGGUCAGAGGUGAGAAUGCCUGAGUGAGAGACCUUCCCACUGCAGAGAAUCUCUAAGUCAAGACGCUGCAGUCAUGUGGGAGCCACCAGA